GAGCCCGGAAGCCCCGAGGCCGUGGCGGCGGGGCCAUGGCGGGUGCGGGGCCGCCGCUCCUCCUGCUGCUGCUCCUCGUCCUCCCCGCGGCCGCCGCGCUGCGCCUGCUGCUGGGCGCCGCCGCGCCGCCUUUCAGCUGCUCCCAGCCGGAUUUAAACUGCCUCGUAGAAAAUAGUACCUGCAUAGAAAGAAGCUGGCUGCAGAAUCAGACCUGGACACCUUCUGCCCCCAGCAGUCUUCGUGUCUCCUCUGAAGUUUUCCGUCAGAUGGAUGGAGAGCUGCUCCCCGUGCUUCGGAUAGAGUGGAAAGUGGCCACCGAUGCUAGCAUCCGGUACCUCCGAGGGGCAGAGCUGGCUGUGAUGCAAGUGAGCAGCAAUCAACAGAUCUGCGCCCAGUUUGAGUUUCAGAACAAAUUGCCACUUCAGGUCCGUCCGGAUGGAGGCCGGUGGAAUUUCACUUUUAACCGUUUUGAGGUGGAACCCGGCCAAACUUAUCAAGUGACUGUCUACCACCUGCCCAAAUUGAGCGUAGAUGGAGACUACAAUUGCAAGUCCACAUCUCUCACAAUGCCUGACUGCAAUGACUCUCUGAUGAAAAGAACCACCCCGUGUAUAAAGACAGGCAGCCUGUGGGAGCCCAGGAUCCAAGCUAAAAGUCUAGAUGAUAUGACUCUGCUUGUGAGCUUUAACCCAUGGAUGGAGUCAACCCGAUACCAAAUUCAUGUGACCAGUUUCCUGAAUGAGAAGAAAUGUAAAAUGAUCACACACGAAGUCACACAGGGCGAACUACAAUCACAAGUGAAUGUCACAAUCAAAAUGGAGAAGAACUUAAAAGCUUGCUGCAACUAUGAAGUACAGAUUCAGCCAUUCUUUGCAAACUGUGGCACAGACUGCCUGAGACACUCUACUUUCAUCCCAUGUACACCAGCUCCAAGUACAGACCCAUCAGAUGAUAUGAUUAUAUGGCUCUACUGGUGUAUCACUGGGAUCUGUGUAUUACUUGUGGGAUCAGUCAUAACAGGUGUCAUUUGUAUGACCAAAAAGCGAGCAGGACACCAGCAAGGGAAAUGCAGCCACCGUGAUUUGCAAACUGCAGUACCAUCUACUGACCUUCCUCUGCCACCCUUAAAGCCUCGAAAAGUUUGGAUUGUGUACUCUGCCGAUCACCUGCUGUAUGUGGAUGUGGUACUGAAGUUUGCUGAGUUUCUGAUGACUGUCUGUGGCACCGCUGUAGCCUUAGACCUGCUAGAAGAUCAUCAGAUCUCAGAGCUGGGGCCGUUACCCUGGCUUACUCGACAGAAGAAGGAAAUGGAAGACCUAUCUUCAAAGAUCAUCGUCUUAUGCUCACGAGGCACCCAGGCCAAAUGGCAGGCCAUGCUUGGGAGUGUGCCUGUUUGUCUCAAGCAAGAUCAGCAAAAGCCAACGGGAGAUCUGUUCACCCCUGCCUUGAAUUUGAUCUUGCCAGAUUUCAAGAAGCCAGCCUGUUUUGGAAUGUAUAUAGUCUGCUAUUUUGAUGGGAUAAGUAGUGAGAAGGAUAUACCUGAUCUGUUCAACGUCACAUCCAGGUACCAACUGAUGGACAAGUUUGAGGAUGUUUAUUUUCGGAUUCAGGACUUAGAGAAGUUUGAACCUGGGCGCAUCCAUCGAAUCCAGGAAAUCACAGCUGAAAAUUACAUUGAUACCCCUAGUGGGAGGAAAUUGAAAGAAGCGGUACAAAAAUUCAGGAACUGGCAGAUGGAGCACCCAAACUGGUUUGAGGCUGAAAGCAUCUGCCUGGAUAAUGAAGAAGAGUUGCAGUCCCUAAACAGAGAGAGCCAGGUGGAUUCAUUGCUAAGCGAACCAGGUGGAAUUGUGAAACAGCAGCUGCACCUACGGGAGCCUGACCCUAACUGCUGUUAUGUCGUCAACCUCCACAUGCAUGAAGGUGAGAGCAGGGGCUGUAAACUACAGCCUCAGCUUAAUCUGUGUGGAGAUCCAACUUCUCAGAUGAUGGUCAUUCCUAUGGAUGAGGCCCCUCAAGUUCACGUAGUGGAGCCUCUCUCUUCCAUGGAAGAUGAAAAUAUACUUGGUCAUCAUGUGCUGAGUAACGAGGACUGCAUGGAAGGAGUUCCUCUUCUAGAGGCAAGUUUUCCAAUGAGGAAUAACGUCAUCCUCCAUGAUGACUGUGAAGUUCCAGCAAGAGAUGACCAGAGUCAUGCAAACCUCUCAGGUGAACUGAGGCACCGUCUGAAUGGACUCAUGUACUCUUUUUAUCAGCAGAACGUCAUUCCUUCAGAUCCAUCUUUCUGCCAAGAGGAGGCUGACAAGCAGCACCAGUUGGUCUUCGAUGACCAGUGCAAAGACCAAAGACAGUCAGUCCAGUCAGACCAGGGCUACAUCUCUAGAUGUUCUCCUUUGCCUCCCGAUGACCUUGUGGAGGAGGAGGAUGAGGAGGAGGAAGAGGAAGAUCAGGAAAACCAGGUGGCCUUUCAUGAACUCUCUUCAGAGGUCUUGAACAGUCUAAAGAGCCUCCAGCAGCAGCUUUUUUUCCAGGACAUUCAGCGGAGCUCUGAGUGGGGUUAUCCAGCUGAGCUGAUAGACAUGAGCCAGUCUUCAGAAGGCUGUUAGGCUUUAUCUGAGAUCUGCUCCAUUUGAAAUGCACAGAUGGAAGGUAGUACCGCACACAAUGCUGAAACUGCAUUUCCAGCACCAUUCUUGUCCUGGUGUUACAAAUGACUCGGUGGGCUCUUCCUGUCUGCUGCCAGGAGGCAGGAUGGCCUGGCACGUGGGCAACAAUCUCUGCUUCUAGUCUCUGUAUGGAGAGAAGCAUCAAAUACUAGCCAUCACUGUGAGAGCAGAGGCAGUUUACAUGGAGAAAUGUGUUGUAUUGAAUCCUCACUCACUGACUGCAGAAAAAUUAUUGCGGUUCAUCCACUUGUGCCUUCAGAACUCCCUACGACUGUACUGGUUUUAUUGUACUUGGACAGAAAUCAAGGCCAGGAGUUAGAGAGUAGAUUUACAUAGGAUGGCAAACUUUGCAUUGCCAACUUAAUAAAUAUUUUAAAUAUUUUGUUGUAAAUACUGUGUUAAAGAUCCGUGCCUUAAACUUGCUAGAUUGGGGCUGUCUCUAAAGAAUCACAGAAUGGUUUAGGUUGGAAGGCACCUCUGGAGGUCUUCUGGUCCAACACCUCUGCUCAAGCAGGGCAACCUAGUGCAGGUUGCACAGGUCCCAUGUUCAGACAGCUUUUGAAUAUCUCCAAGAAGGGAGACUCUACAACCUCUGGGCAACCUGUGCCAGUGCUCAGUCACCUACACAAUAAAAAAGUGUUUCCUGAUGUUCGGAAGGAACUUCCUGUUUUCGUGUGUGCCUUCUGUCUCUUGUCCUGUCACUGGGCACCAAUGAAAAGAGCCUGGCUCUGUCCUCUUUGUACCCUUCUUUCAGGUAUUUAUGUAUAUUGAUAAGAUCCCCCCCAAGUCUUCUCUAGGCUGAACAGUCCCAACUCCCGUCAUAAGGGAGGUGCUAAGGGCCCUUGACCAUCUUUGUGGCACUUUAUUGGAAUCUCUCCAAUAUGUCCACGUCUCUCCUGUACUGAGGAGACUGGCACUGGAUAAGUGUUCAAGGUGUGGCCUCUCAAGUGCUGAGUAGAGGGAAGCUUGACCUGUUGGCAAUGCUUUGCCUAAUGCAGCCCAGGAUGCCAUUAGCCUUCUUUGCAGCAAGGGCACGUUGCUGGCUCAAGUUCAAUUGGUGUCCACCAGGACCCCCAGGCCCUUUUCUGCCAAGCUGCUUUCCAGCUGUGCGGCCCCCAGCACGUCCUGGUGCCUGGGGCUGUUCCUCCCCAGGGGCAGGGCUCUGCACUUCUCCUUGUGGGACUCAAUGAGCUUCUGUCGGCCCACUUCUCCAGCCUGUUGAGGUCCCUCUGGGUGGCAACAAGACCUUCUGGUAUAUCAGCCACUCCUCACAGUUUUGUGUCAUCUGUAAACUUGCCGAGGGUAAGCUUUGCCUUAUCUUCCAGAUCAUUAAUGAAAAUUUUAAACAGGACUGGAGCCAGUAUUGCUCCCUGGGAUGCUAGGAUAGGGGAAUGUGUACCUUGAGCAGAUACUGUUUGAGAGCGGAGUUAGCAGUGGCUGAGCGAAAAUGAGUGAGAUGUUCCUUGUGUGGGUAUAGACUCAAGCACGGGUAUUUCAGGCUAACCAUUGUGAAAACUUCUUAAUAAUAGACUAAGGGGUUGAUCUUCCCGGAGCAGUGAUGGUAACUCCCAAUCUUUCAAAAAGAUUGGGCUGGAUGCACUAAAAAGAGUUGUUCCCUGCAAGUAAUUGCACGUUGGCCCCCGUAGCAUUGACUGGGCAGUGGGCUAGUCGAGGCAAGCAUUUACCUUACUUGUUACCAGUUUCUGCAGUCCAGCCUGCUGGAUAAUGGUUUGAACACAAAGCCUUUCUGCCUUGCAUUCAGACAAGCUUGUUGUCUUCUUGUCUAUGUUUACUUGUCAAAUCUUGUGAGCUUUUUUUUUAUUUCAGAUUUUGAAAGUCUGAUCUCAGAAAAUAAUCUGCUCUUUUGACUUGCAGCCAAUAUUGUAUUAUGCAUAUUUUGUAAUUGUAUUUGUUUAUAACUUGUGUUUUGUUUCUUAAAUUAAAAACAAGAAUACUUUUUGAUAUAUUUACUU